CUCCUCCCCCAUCCCCCCCCACCCCGCCUGCUCUGCGGCGGAGGCGGCGGCGGCGGCAGCGGUGUCUCUGCCUCUCCGCCACCUCCACCGCAGCCUCUGACCCCCGGCCGGCGUUGUUGGCGGGGAGGGGGACAGUAGUUGUAGACGCCCGCCCCUGCCUCAGAGAAGGUGAAUGAGAGUUGAGUAUUAGACAAAAAUAGAUAUAAUCUCUACUCCAUGGUUUAGCUCCCUGAUUGUUGUAGUCUUCACUUUGUGGAGCAUUCAUGCUGAAAACUGAAGCAAUAAAUGGUUGAAUAUGAUCAGAUUUCUCCAUCAAGUUCUCAGCCUGAUAACGAUAAUCCCUUUCUGUCAACCUAAUGAAGCAUUCAAACAAGCCAUAUGACUCUUUUCAAGAUGAACUUGAAGAUUAUAUUAAAGUACAGAAAGCCAGAGGCUUAGAGCCAAAGACUUGUUUCAGAAGGAUGAGAGGGGAGUAUUUGGAAAGCUGUGGGUACAGAGAAGAUUUUGAUUCCAGGCCCAGGUAUAGAGUGUUUGAUCAGAGACUCCCAUCUGGAACCAACCAUUCCUACCCAAGAUCAUGCAGUAGUUCACAGACAGAAGACCAGGUACCCCAGUGGUUACCAGCUCAUGACAAGAUAAGACUAAACUCUCUGAGCUACUGUCANUUCACCAGGGAUGGCUUUUCAGAAAAGCCAGUCCCCUUGAACCUUAGUCAGCAAGAAUACAAUUGUGGCUCAUAUAGUGUAGAAUCUGUAGUUCACAAGCGCCUCUGCUCAGAACACAGUACCAUCNACCCUCAAGUCAGUCAUAGACAAAUGCACCAGAAGAGGAAAAGACAUGUAGAAGAGGGCAGAGAAAGGCAGGAAGAACGGCCCAAACAUGAGAGGAAAAGGAGUUCUGAGGAAAUGGAUUUAAACAAACAUAGAAGCAUCCAAAGAAAGAAAACAAAGGCAGAAACAGAAACUGUACAGGAUGGUACGGAAAAGCUUAAGAAUCGAAAAGAGAAAAAAAACCGAGAUGUAUCAUCUAAGAAAGAGGACCGUAAGCGUAGGAAGGAAAAAAAAGAACAAGGNGAAGAGAGGACAGAGGAGGAGAUGCUUUGGGACCAGUCUAUUCUUGGAUUUUGAAGCUCCUUAGAUCUCCUGAGGCUCCACUGAAAUAACAGUCAAGGAGCUUGGUUUUAUGUGCAGUCAUAUUCAUGUCACUUGCAUAUGUGGACCGAAGUUCCAACUUCUAACAAAGUGAACAUGAAGUAUUUAGUGUGCUUGCUUUCCAACAUGGAGAUUUCUAUUUUCUAAAAAUUUAUUAAUUUUUCUUACAUAUGGUAGAAUUUCCCUUUAAGAGAGUGGCUCUGCUUUUAUUGACCAAAUUGCUAUGGUAGUGGAAUUAUUUUCCCUUGGGAGAUCAUUUAUUUAAAAUUGNAGGAUUAACUGAUGACUUUUGUGGAAUCUAUUUCUUGGUUGGGUUUCUUUUAGUUUUGAGUCACAUAUUUUUAUGCUCACUGUCUUUAUGAAGCAAUUUAGAUUUCCUUUUUUUAGAUCUAACUUGCAGUAUAUUUUCUGGGUUGGAAAGUGAAAUAAUAUAAUAAUUUUAUCUUACAUAUAGUUUUAAAAGUUUCAGAGACUUCACACAAAAUCAGUUUAUAUUCUGAAAAUGUUUACAAUAAAGUAUCUUAAUUUCUGGA